AUGGACGACUAUGAUGAUAAGGAUGUCGCGCUGGCAGAAUACGAGGAACAUGGCGAUGACGAAUUGGACGAGCACGGGUCGUGGGACGAUGACGAUAAUCUCUCUCCUCUUUAUCUGGAUAAGGGUCUCGAUGAAGUAACGUACGAAAUGGUACAAGAAGCCGUUACCCUGGCGCAAACGCACCUCCCCAACCCUGAGGGAAUUCAGCUAACAGCUCGCGGGCCGAAGAUUAUGCUGCCCGUCGCUGAUAUGCAUCCUGAUACCCGGCAAGCCUGUGGAUUGAGUGGAUUCAAGACCCUGUUUGUGCUUCUGGACGUGACGAAAGGUUACAAGGGCAGCUCUCCUCCCCCCCUCAUCGUUGCGUCUCAGGGUGAUGAUGGUCAACCGUCGACUUCUUCCGAGCGACCGAACCCCCGGUUCAGCAUCGGCAUACAAUUGGUGAACUCAGUUCAGAGUGAUCUCGUAUUCCCUGGCUUGAAACCAACUAUCUGUGAUGCUAAGCUCUGCUCAUAUCAACUUGACAAGCUUGGUAUCGGCGCUGGAUUGAAUUUGAUCGAUACCGACGCCGUUGCUCUUUCUUCCGGAUUGACAGCGGCUUCCAGUGGUGCUCGCUUACAGUUUGCUCUUCCUAAUGUGCCUUCGGAACAUGGCACUGAUCUUGAAAUUGCUCCACCGCGUAUCGUCAAGGCUCUGGCUCUGACGCCGGUCUUAGCGGAAUUGCCGAAAGACGACGAUGCACGAUCUAAAAUACUGAAAGAAAUCGAUCCAUUGCUCGAGCCUAUCAUACGCUGGAUCCUCGCCACAAAUCGUGCACAUGUUGUUUCUCUACGAAAGUGGGAGCUUUUCCAGCAGAUGAAGACCCCGCACCAAUUCAAGAUCAACACAUCCACCCGAGCUCACGCAUCGGCAUUCGAGAGCAUGAAACAACGUCACGGCAGUUUUUAUGCCUGGCAUGGAUCGAGCAUGGCCAAUUGGUACGUUACGAAAUGA